AUGGAAACUCCAAAUGGCACCAUCAUCUUCACCACAAUCGGUCGCACCCACUACGGUUUCGACGUCUUCUCUGUCCACAUCGCCUCCGCCGUUGAACGCCGUUUAACAGACGGCGUUUCCGUUAACUUCAACGCUCAAUUCGCUGACGAUGAUGGUGAUGUCGUCUUCGUUUCGGAACGAGCCGGCUCUGCCCGGAUUUAUAGAACCCGACCCGGUAAUUCUAAGCCCAAGCAGCUUCCCGGAGCUCCGGAAAGCUUCUUCCACGACCGUCCUGCUGUUACUCAAAACAACAAACUCUAUUUCAUUUCCGCUCACGAGCAGCCUGAUCGUCAUUUCAAAAACUGGCCCGCUCUUUACGCCGUGAAGAUCGACAGUGAAGAGAGAGAAGUUACACGUGUCACUCCACUAGACACCGCCGACUUUAGCCCCGCGGUUUCUCAAUCGGGAGAAUAUCUGGCCGUCGCGUCCUAUGGGUCUCGCUCUUGGGGCGGUGAGUUUCACGAGAUCAACACUGACAUCGUUGUUUUCAGAGCUUCAGAGCCGGAGACGAGAGUGGUGAUUUGCGAGCGAGGCGGUUGGCCGACUUGGUCCGGCGAUUCAACCGUUUUCUUCCACCACCAAGCAGAAGACGGCUGGUGGAGCAUUUACCGGGUUGAUUUACCGGAGAAUUUCAAGGAAUGUCCCAAAUUUCCGGUCGAACCGAUUCGAGUCACUCCACCUGGACUCCAUUGCUUCACUCCUGCAGCUUUCCACGACGGAAAACGAAUCGCCGUCGCAACUCGACGUCGUGGAGUUAACUACCGUCACAUCGAGAUUUUCGACCUGGAGAGCAAAAAGUUUCAGCCGGUGACUGAGCCACUCAAUCCGAGUUUCCACCAUUACAGCCCCUUCGUCUCUCCUAAUUCCGAGUUCAUCGGAUACCACCGGUUCCGAGGUGAGUCGACUCAGGGCGAGUCUAUCGUCCCGAACUUAGAAUCGAUCGUAUCCCCAAUCAAAACCCUCCGCCUGCUCAGAUUGAACGGGUCAUUUCCAUCACCAUCUCCUGACGGUGAUCUGAUCGCAUUGAAUUCCGAUUUCGACAUUAAUGGUGGCAUCAAAGUAGCUAAAUCCGACGGUUCGAAACGGUGGACGUUGAUCAAGGAUCGUACAGCCUUCUACAAUUCGUGGAGUCCCACGGAGAGGCAUGUCAUCUACGCAUCUCUCGGUCCGAUCUUCCGUCCGGCGGGAAUUGCUGUUCAGAUAGCUCGAAUUAAGUUCGAUCCGUCAGAUCUCACCGCCGAUAAAGAAGAGGUUCCAUGUGAAGUGAAGAUUCUCACUCUGGAGAACACCGGAAAUAACGCCUUCCCGUCUUGCUCUCCCGACGGCAAAUCCGUCGUGUUUCGAUCUGGCCGAUCCGGUCAUAAGAACCUUUACAUUUUAGAUGCCGUUAACGGAGAAUCUAAGGGCGGAGACGGUAUACGACGGUUGACGGAAGGGCCGUGGAUCGACACUAUGCCUUGCUGGUCACCGAAAGGAGAUCUCAUCGGAUUCUCAUCCAAUCGGCACAACCCAGCGAACGCUGACGCAUUCGGCGCUUAUGUGGUGAGGCCUGACGGUUCUGGUUUGAGGAGGAUUCAAGUUGCGGGACCGGAGGGGUCGGAGGAAGCGGCAAGGGAGAGGGUUAAUCACGUGAGUUUCAACAAGGAUGGUGACUGGGUAGUCUUCACGGCGAACCUCGGUGGUAUUACGGCGGAGCCGGUGGCGAUGCCGAAUCAGUUUCAGCCUUACGGGGAUUUGUACGUUGUGAAGGUGGACGGAACGGGUUUGAGGAGGCUGACGUGGAAUGGAUAUGAAGAUGGAACUCCCACGUGGCAUACUGCGGAUGAUUUGGAUCUGAGUCGAUUGAGUUUGAACGGUCAAGAUGGAGACAAGCUUGAAGGUCAGUUUGAGGAGCCGUUGUGGAUUUCUUGCGAUAUCUAA